AUGAUGACGAGCAAAGAUGGGUUCUUUGCGCUGGUCAUACACCGAUACUGUGCCCAAGACGAGACGCAGUUGGAUGUCCAACCGGGAAGACUUGUGGCCGUGCGACGGGUGGAACCGAGUGGCUGGGCGGGCGUAGUGGAUGUUGAAGGCGGGAAAGGAUGGAUACCGUUUAGGUAUGUGCGGCCCAUUGACGACGAGACGGUGGGUGUAUUGGAACCGAUCGCCCAGCAACUUCGACUCGGUGCUUACCGUGCGAUAACGACGAUCCGGGCUACGGCCACCAACCAUCUCGAGGGGUACUCUUCACCCGAUUCCAACGAAUCUGACGCUCUGGGAGACGAGUGGGCGAAUAUCCCCAAGCAACGGCGGCCCUCGAGGGCGGCGACCAGGCCUCGGGACAUGGAUUCGAGCAAAAUGGGAUCGAAUGGUACGCCCAGAGUGUCUUUGGACGAGGAUGUGCCCGUCCCUACGUAUACGCCAACAACAUCGGGCGAAAAAUCACCUGGAGUCCAGUUUGCGGCUGCUUCGCCUCCAACAUCCUUUGUUCCCUCGCGAGUCCGUGCGUUCAAGCUGCGUUCUCGUUCCAAGUCGCGCGAUGGAGUACGUUCGGACUCCGAGUCGGUCGGUCGUCCGCGUCGGCCUUCGGUCUCUAUUCGUCGCACCCGUGUGAGCAUGUUCGGGUCCCCUCGCGAGCCAAAUCCUGUGGAACAGAUCAGACGGUUGGACGCAAGGCCGUGGUAUCUCAAGCCCGUUCAUUUGCCUGCGACCGGCGAGAUUGUCUUGGAUUCCGAUGGGAGUGUGCGAGCUGGCACUCUUGAGGCUAUCGUUGAGCGUUUGACGUGUGAGGCUCCCAGCCGGAACCAGGAAAUCAUGUUGAGACGUGAUGUGUUGUUCACAUACGAGGCCUUUACCACUUCCCAGCAGCUCUUUGAACUGAUCACGGACCAGUAUUCGCUCGAGCCUCCACGCGAACUUGACGAGAGCCAGUUUUUGGAUUGGAAAGAAAACAAGUUACGGCCGACUCAGGCCAGGGUUUUGGAUGUACUCGGAGCGUGGUUGGAUCUUCCUCGCUUGUGCCAGGAUGACCCUGAUCUUAUCCCUCGAAUGCGCGAGUUCCUACAGUUUGUGACCAAACCGGAGAGCUUGGCUUCGGAAGCACGUCGCCACCUCAGGACUAUUGAACAACUAAUCGCACCUCCGGCUCCGCGAUCUCCAACGCCCCAACGUCGGAGACGCAGAUCGGAGAAACAGCGCCCGUUCCCUACACUUUCUUCCUCACCAAACGGCACCCGCGCCCACUCUCAAUCAUUUUCGGGUUUACUUUCUCCCACAAGCCCUGCUAUCCGCUCCGAAAGUCUUCAUAUAAGAACAGAGUCUACCAGUCCAUCUCGUGGGUUUACGAGUCCCAUUCAGCGAUCAACCAGUCCGAGAUUAGGAUUCAACAGUCCAAUCAGCCGAGCCGCGAGCCCGAUUCUCAACAAUGACGAGGGCUUACGACCUAGUAGUCCAUUAAUGUUGAGCACAUCGAUGACCUCGCUCCCUUCUGCCGUGACAAAGCAGCAGAAACAGCAGGGAGAACUGGGGUCUGGUUUGGGCAGGGCUAGGUCUCAGAGGCAUGCCAGUGCGAGCUACCCUCGAUCUGAAUCGAGGCAGGCCGAUUUAGCCUAUACAGCUCUUUCCGAACGUUCGCACAGUUCGCAUGGGCAUAGUUCACAUGGACACAGCUCACAUGGACACAGUUCGCACGCACACGGUUCAAAGCAUUUGCCCUCGGCUGUGAACGACAUCGAUCCGACCGCACUCGCUCACCACCUGACGCUGCUCGAAUCCGGGCUGUACAUGCGCAUCAAGCGGAAACAGGUGCUCGAAUGGCACAAAACUAGCAGUUCAACUGAAGAUAGCAACGCAACCGUAAACGAUUUGCGUAACUUUUGCGUGACAUCCGAUCGAUUGGCCGGCUGGGUCAAGUGGAGCGUCUUGAGCCUGGGGACCUCAGUUAGACGUGCCGAGGCCGUGGGGACUUGGAUUCGUGUUGCCGAGAAAUGCCGCCUUUUGAAUAAUAUUUCAUCUCUUGCUGCUAUCGCUGCCGGUCUCUCUUCUUCUGACAUCUCCCGUCUUCCGCAUACAUGGCACCUAGUCCCUUCUGCGCGUGCACAAAGACUUGAAGAUCUAGUGCUGUUAACUAGUCCAGCUGGAGGGUUCGCGCAGCUGAAGAUCUUCUAUUCAAACGUCAAGUUCGCAGUUCCGUUUAUUGGGAUGUAUCUAACGGCUAUAGUGCACGCCGCCGAUCAAUUCAAGGACCACUUACCUUUCCCCGUCCCGGCAGACAGGAGCCCCAGGGAUGAAGACGGAUGGGCCACAGACGGGGGUCAUAGCGAACCAGUUACACCCACCCAGACACAGGCGCGGUCUAAAUCUUCACGAAUGAGCAUCGGAUCUCCUUCUCCACUCUCCUUGAACGCCGUACCUCCCCCUCUCAAGUUUAACUCCAACGCCUCACCUUCUCAGUCCCGCCGACUACCUUCAGAACCCCCGACCCCGACGCUCUCCAUCGCACCUUCGUCUCCGACUACUUCCACUCUCGGCUCACAAACCAAACUCAUCAACUUUGCGAAACGCCAUAAGCAAGCGGAGAUUAUCCACGCUAUGCUCAAGUUCCAGGGUCAUCCGUAUACCGUCUCGAGCCAGAGCGAACCUCAGGGAUCCACAUCCUCGCCUUACCCCCACCCGUCCUCGCCUUCUUCCUCGUCGUCCUCAUCGGUGACCCUCAUUGCCUCUGCCGGUGGUGUAGCAUGGGUAGAAGAGCAGCUGUCUCGUGCGGCGAUACUGACGCUCGGAACUGAUUGGACUUACGACCGGAGUCUAAGAUUGUACGAUGACGAGACCGGUGGUAGGACCAGUGGUGCAGUGGAUAAGGAGAACAUGGCCGCUGCGGGUUUCUGA